CAGCAACAACCGCCCGCCUGGAGAGGAAGGCAGCUUCUAGCCUCGUCAUCAGCUACCUCUACCUAUCAACUGUACAACUGAACAUCAACAGCAACAUCACCAACUUGCCCCCCCAUUCACUUGCCGUCAUCCAUCAACCUACCUACACAACCAAACCCACGACGACCUUGCGGCAAACAGCUCCGCCGCCUCUUCCUGCCACGCCCACAACCAGCAGCAGGUCGCCGAUUUCAUUCACGACACCCUCACGAUCCCAUACAUACAUAGCCAUCAACUAAUACCCAAGCCGAAACCAUGCCCGGCUUCGACUUCUCCAACUACAACCGCAAUGCGGCGCUACACGCCCGCGGCGUCCCGCUGCCCAAGGCCACCAGCACAGGAACAACCAUUGUGGGCUGCAUUUACGACGGUGGUGUAGUUAUCGCAGCCGAUACCCGUGCCACGUCCGGUCCCAUCGUCGCCGACAAGAACUGCGAAAAGCUGCACUUCAUCGCCCCCAACAUCUGGUGCGCUGGUGCCGGUACCGCCGCCGACACGGAAUUCACCACGGCCCUGAUCUCCUCCCAGCUGGAGCUGCACUCUUUGUCCACCGGCCGUAAGCCGCGCGUCGUGACGUGCAUGACCAUGCUCAAGCAGCACCUCUUCCGGUACCAAGGCCACAUUGGUGCGUACCUCGUCGUCGCCGGCGUCGACCCGACCGGCACCCACCUUUUCACCGUGCACGCGCACGGUUCCACCGACAAGCUCCCCUACGUGACCAUGGGCUCUGGUUCGCUGGCGGCCAUGUCCGUCUUCGAGACGCAGUGGAAGCCCCAGCUGAACAAGGAGGAGGCCAUGAAGUUGUGCAGCCAAGCGAUCGAGGCGGGUAUCUGGAACGAUUUGGGCUCGGGAAGUAAUGUCGAUUUGGCGGUGAUCACGCCCGAGAAGACGACGCUGCACAGAGGCUUCGUCAAGCCGAACGAGAGGACCCAGAAGCUCAAGAGUUACAAGUUCAAGAGGGGCACGACGGCGGUGCUCAAUGAGAAGGUCAUCAAGAAGGAGGAGAUGGGGAAUUAUAUUAGUGUGGUGGAGCUGGCGGAGGAGACGCCGGCGAGCGGCGACAAGAUGGAGGUUGAUACAUAGAGGGCAGCCGAGGCUGGAUGGAUGAUCAGAACAACUGAGAUAAGCGAUCUGAAGCUUGAUACAUGACCUGUACUACAAGCUUUGGAACGACGCUUCUGUGCAUGACAGCUAGAUAAGCAAGUCGAGACCCCUAAGAUGGGGUAAGAGAUAAUGACAACUAGAACAUAUUUUCCUCUCUUUCGGCGCGGUGAUGACGUCCUGGAUCAGGUAUCAAGUUGCACUUCGUUUUAGCGUUAGCGAGGAUGACUAGCUUCAUGUACCUAGGCAAAUAAACGAAGAGGAACAGAGCAGGACCAUGCCGCUUAGAGUAGCUCACACUAUCUCGGUCCCUGUUCACGUCCUCGGUAAGACGUUCUAGAGAGAAGGCACCUCUUCGCUCGUUAUGGAUUGGAAAUGGUGUUUGCUGUAUGAAAGUCUUCUUCGAUUAUAGAUGUAUAUCAACCAUCCGAAGAAGAAGGGC